AAGGACAUAGAACGUGAAACGCUGCGUUUGACACUACACAAACUAGAGCGAAACACGGCGUUUGGAUUCGUCUUCUCAUUUUGUAUUUUCAUUUUUCAGAUUUCUAAAAAUUCUAUUCCCCUCUACGCUUAAACAGAUCUGAAUCUUCUUUUGCUCCAAAAAAAAAAAAAGUUCCAACUUCGCGGGAACAUCACAGCUCAUUACCUGAUCAUCAAUCACAGCCACCGGUCUUAAAGGGCUAAGUUUAGAGAAAAUUCGAAGAUGGUGCUGGUAUCGGCCGUACGGGAUUAUGUCAAUCGGAUGCUACAGGACAUCUCCGGCAUGAAAGUCCUUAUUCUCGAUUCUCAAACGUAGUUGGAGAGGGAGAUCAUCUCCAUCCUCUAUUGCAGGCCUUUGGGAUUCAUGUAAAUUUGGAAGCAGACAUGGUUGCUAUGAUGGUAAGCAUUGUGAGUGUUGUUUAUUCACAGUCAGAGCUACUUCAGAAAGAAGUAUUUUUGGUAGAAUUGAUAGACUCCAUUUCCAAGUCAAAAGAAUCUAUGUCGCAUCUCAAGGCAGUUUAUUUCCUUCGGCCUACUUCAGAAAACAUUCAGCAUAUGCGGCGUCAGCUAUCAAAUCCUAGGUUUGGAGAGUAUCACUUGUUUUUCUCAAACAUGUUGAAGGAUACCGAGAUUCAUCUUUUAGCCGAUUCAGAUGAACAGGAAGUUGUCCAGCAAGUCCAGGAGUUUUAUGCAGACUUCAUUGCAGUUGAUCCUUACCACUUCACUUUAAAUAUGCCCUCAAAUCACCAUUAUAUGCUCCCAGCAGUUGUGGACCCUUCUAGUUUGCAGCACUUCUGUGACCGAGCUGUUGAUGGCAUUGCUGCAGUUUUCUUGGCAUUAAAACGAAGACCAAUUAUUAGAUAUUCAAGUACCUCUGAUAUUGCAAAAAGGAUUGCGCAUGAAACAGCAAAACUAAUGUACCAGCAAGAAAGUGGUCUUUUUGACUUCAGACGGAUGGAAAUGUCUCCAUUGUUGCUGAUAGUUGACAGAAGGGAUGAUCCUGUGACUCCAUUGCUGAAUCAAUGGACCUAUCAGGCAAUGGUCAAUGAGUUGAUAGGUAUUCAGGAUAACAAAGUGGAUUUGAGAAGCAUCGGCAAAUUUCCCAAAGAUCAAGAGGAAGUCGUGCUUUCAUCAGAACAAGAUGCUUUCUUCAAAGCUAACAUGUAUGAAAACUUUGGAGAUAUUGGAAUGAAUAUCAAGCGAAUGGUAGAUGAUUUUCAGCAAGUUGCUAAAAGUAACCAAACUAUUCAGACAAUAGAAGACAUGGCCAAAUUUGUAGACAAUUACCCUGAGUACAGAAAAAUGCAUGGGAAUGUUUCAAAGCAUGUGACAUUGGUAACGGAAAUGAGCAAGAUAGUUGAAGAGAGAAAGCUUAUGUUGGUUUCAGAAACUGAGCAGGAGCUGGCCUGCAAUGGGGGGCAAGUUGCUGCUUUUGAGGCAGUGACAAAUCUUCUAAACAAUGAAAGUAUCUCUGAUAUUGACCGACUAUGCCUUGUAAUGCUGUAUGCUUUGCGCUAUGAGAAGGAGAGCCCUGUCCAAUUGAUGCAGCUAUUCAACAAACUGGCAUCUCGAUCUGCCAAGUACAAGCCUGGGCUUGUCCAAUUUCUCCUAAAGCAAGCAGGGGUUGAUAAGCGUACUGGUGAUCUUUAUGGAAAUCGUGAUUUUCUGAAUAUUGCUCGCAACAUGGCUCGUGGACUAAAGGGUGUUGAGAAUGUCUACACCCAGCACCAGCCUCUUCUGUUCCAAACUAUGGAAAGCAUAACCAAAGGACGGUUGCGAGAUGUUGACUUCCCAUAUGUUGGAAAUCAUUUUCAGCAGGGCAGGCCACAGGAGGUAAUUAUAUUCAUUAUUGGCGGAACAACUUAUGAGGAGUCUCGUUCUGUAGCUCUGCAAAAUGCCAGCAAUUCUGGAAUUCGUUUUAUACUUGGGGGGUCGGCAGUUCUCAACUCUAAGAGGUUUUUGAAGGACCUAGGAGAAGCUCAGAGGAUAUCUCGAACCAGCACCAGUGUAGUAUAAGUUCAAAUGCUGGCAUAAACCACUUGAGAACCAUGUAAAUAACUUGGUAAAGGAUUUUCGGAUUAGAUGACUGCCAGUGACACUGUUUUGUCUGGAAUUUAAACAGCAAUAUAACAAGGAGAGACUGGGAAAUUAGCGCAUAGUCCUCGGAUAAGAUGGUACGACAUUCACUAUUUUGCACUUGCACAGAGUACAAGUCAAGGUAAAAUCAGCUAAAACCACAUUAAAUUCUUUUUUUUUUUUAAAGGGGGAGGGGGGAUUUGGUAUUGUCUAUCACCUAUAUUUCUUCUCUAUCAUUUUUAUACUCUCACGAACAAAUACAGAAUAUUUUGUAAUUUUGUACACGAAAUUUCACUUUUUCUUUUUCUUUUUUUGGUAUACUUUAUACCUCUUUGAUAUGUUCAGCUUUGCCUGUGGGAAAUAGAAUCCGUCACUUUUUUCUUAAGAAAAAA